AUGUCGUCUCUCGUGUCUUCUACCAAUAGGAAGGACAAGAAGAGAGUGUUUUCAAUCCAUGAAGACCUCAGAAACCCACUCGCCCUACUCAGCCAUAACGCGAAUCGCGGCAAGACCAGUACCGAAAGUUCCGGCUCACACAUCACCGAAGAGUCUAAAAAGGCCAUUUCUGUCCUCAUCAACAGACAUGAACGAACAAAGUCGGAGCUCGAAGAUAAGAAUGCUACCGAAGAGAAAAUCAAGGCUGAGGUCGAAGAGCUGCGCGCACAGGUACAAAAGCUUCAGAGUACAAUUCAGGACGACCAAAACUCCCUCAAGGAGCUGAAUGCCAAAGUAGAAAUGCAGAUUCAAGAUUUCCUUGCUGUGCCCGACACACAGGAAGCCCUCUUUGAGAAACUAAUUGCAAAGGAAGGCGAAAUUGAUCGGGAAUUGUUCCGUCUUCGAGAUGAUAGAGUCCUGAAGAGAUGUGACCUAUGGUUUUCCUUGAUGGGUGUAGUUGAUGAGUCUAUUGGGCAUCCUGAUCAGACUAGCCGAGACGAAAACCUGUUGAUGCGCAAAGAAUUGUACACAAGGACUAAACGCAACCUUGCCCAGGAUACUAGGGCCAGACUUCUAUCAGAAAAAGAAGAUUUCCAAAGACAAAAGUUCGAGAUUUCACAGGCCAAUCCUGAAGGUCACCUACUACUUCUACCAGCCUCUCCAAUCUCAGAGGAUAGCGAUCAGAGAUCGGUUGUACCAGACAUUCACCAGGAAGAAGUUGAUGACCAAGUCGAUGGUAGUUCCGUCGAAUACAACACAACUCAAGAUACCUCUUGGAUCACGGAAAAUAGAGAAGAAUCCUCGAACGUACUUGGCCUUUUGUUUUCAGAUGACAGCCACAUCAUAGCAGACGAUCAGUUCGCGGCAAUCGAAGAAAACAAAAUCCUGAAAGAACAGCUUGAGACCACCCAGGAGCAGAUUGGAAAAUGGGAAGGUGAAUUUGAAAGCUUUCAAGCUAGCGCUAAGGAAACAAUUGAACGACUUUCUUCCAAGGUUUCUUCUACCAAUGAAGCCCUCAGAGAAUACAAGAACGCGUUGGAUGGGUCUUAUGAUGUGCGUGGACGUCUAGUACACGAUUUAGCCAAGGUAGAGGAAGAAAAGGCCCGACUUUUACAGAUUGCCCAGGAUAUCGCACUUCCGAUUUUGGCGAGAAGCGCAGAGAGCAUGAAACAAGUCAAGCGUGAUGGUGUUCACAUAGCUUUGAACAACAGUCACCUCUCAUUUAACAAAACCAUCGUUCGUGCGGGAAAUAUAGCCACCACCGGAGGUCACGUCAAUGCACACUUUGCCUCGAUCGUCUUAUCUGAGAAAGAUGUUAUUACCGGCCCCGUUAUCAGUUACGAGAUGUUUCUUAAAAUGUAUGGAGUUUCUGUUGGCGAAUACCGUAACGUGUAUGAGGCAUCCGAUAAACUCGAUGAGAUGCUGAACAUGCACGCGAUUCUUGUGGAGUGUGGCUCUUUUACGGAGAAGACACUCUCCAAGACUCGUGACACCUUAUUCAAAACUCAAUUUGCACAGUGCCUGCUUGAAUUUGAGGCAAUUGAUGCGCCGACUUCUGAGGACAAAGGCCGCAUAUUCGACGCUGCGGUCAGGGCAAAGGAGGUCGAGGUAUUCAAUGAAAUGGCAGAAAUCACGCAGGAUAUCCAACGUUUGCAUAAGGUCGCGAUUUGA